AUGGCCGCCUCCAAGGAAGAUCAGCGCAGCUCCAUGGACAUUGAUCCCCAAGAACCGCAGAACGGCGUGAACGGCAAGGAGGAGCGGAGUCCCACCCCGCCUCCUCAUCGACCUACCGCUGCCUCUGCAGAUGAGGCUGAUUCCUUCAAGUUGGCCGGUAACAAGUUUUUCAAGGAUGGCAACUACCGACGAGCCAUCGAGGAGUACAACAAGGCUAUCGAGAUUAACCCCAACUCAUCCGCCUACCUAUCUAACCGCGCGGCGGCUUACAUGUCUGCGAGGCAAUACUUGAACGCGCUUGAGGAUGUGCAACGCUCCAACGAACUCGACCCUAACAACCCCAAGAUCCUGCACCGAUGGGCCAAGAUCCUUACCAGUCUGGGUCGUCCCCAAGAAGCCCUGGACGUCCUGUCCCGCAUCCAGCCUCCCGCGAGCGCGACCGACCGCGCCCCCGCCGAAAAGAUGCUGCGCGCCGUCACGCAAGCCGAGGAGACAUUAGCCGAAAACCGUGGUGUAUCAAUGGUCAUCUUCUGUUUGGACCAGGCCCGACAGGGACUCGGAUACAGCGUCAAGGAGCCUCGCAAGUGGACACUCCUGGCCGCUGAGGCUCAGCUGAAGCUGAACAACCCCAACUCGAUCGGCAAGGCACAGGACAUCGCCAUCUCCCUGCUUCGUGAGAACAGCCAAGAUCCCGAUGCGAUGAUGAUCCGCGCCCGCGCCUUCUAUGCCCUCGGUGAGUCCGAACAGGCGCUUAAGCUUCUGAAGAUGUGCCUCGGGCUGGACCCGGAUAUGAAGCAGGCUAUUAAGCUGCUGCGCAUUGUGCAGAAGCUGGCUCGUACGAAGGAGGAAGGAAACAAUGCCUUCAAGGCAAAGGACUACCGUCGCGCCAUCGACCUCUGGGCCCAGGCUCUUGAAGUCGACCCCUCCAACAAGGAUAUGAACUCUAAGAUUCUUGGAAACCGUGCUCAGGCCUAUAUCAACCUGAAGGAAUACGACUCCGCUAUCCAGGAUUGUACCGAGGCUCUCCGUCUCGACCCUGGUUACGUGAAGGCCAUGAAGGUCCGUGCCAAGGCUCACGGCGGUGCCGAUAACUGGGAGGAGGCUAUCCGCGAUUAUAAGAGCGCCGGCAUUGCGGAGGAGAUCCGUCGUGCUGAGUUCGAGCUGAAGAAGUCUCAGCGCAAGGAUUACUAUAAGAUCCUCGGGGUUGGCAAGGAUGCCAGUGACCAGGAAAUCAAGAAGGCCUACCGCAAGAUGGCUAUCCAAUACCACCCCGAUAAGAACCGUGACGGUGAAGCCGGUGACGAGAAGUUCAAGGAAGUUGGCGAGGCAUAUGAGACUUUGAUUGAUUCUCAGAAACGUGCCGCAUACGAUAACGGUGAUGAUCUGAUGGACCCCAACGACAUGUUCGGCGGCGGUGGUGGUUUCGGCGGCGGUUUCGGCGGUAUGGGAGGUAUGGGAGGCAUGGGUGGUAUGGGCGGUAUGGGCGGCGGCGCCAGCCACGUCAACAUCGAUCCUAACAUCCUGUUCAACAUGAUGAACGGCGGCGGCGGCGGCGGUUUCGCUCAAGCAGGCGGCAACCCCUUCGGCGGCCAGUCUCGUGGCGGCGGCUUCCCCUUCUAG